AUGCCAACCCUCUGGUUUGCCACCUUUUUCGUCUAUCAUGCCGGUCUCCGAAAACUGUGUCAAACCAUUCAAGUUUUAAGCCGAUCAAAUUAUCGUAAAAAUGAAACCCAAGUGAUCAGUCGCAAACUUUUAGAGGAAAACAAAGGAAAGAAAGAUAUGGCAGCCAUGUUCAUAACCAGAAGUGCCCUCUUUCGCUUCUCAAAGUCUCUCCCUCACGCCCCUCCACUCUCCCUCAAACCCUCCAGGGUCACCUUCGCCACCUCUCCCAACUCUUCAGAGAGGAGAAAUGCAGCAGAAGGAACGAGAGACGGAAGAAGCGAUUGGACAUAUGAGUCUGCAGAGGCAAAACGUGAGGCAGAUGAAAUGUCAAAGAGGGCGAAAGAAACGGCGAGUGAAGCCGUGGACAUGGCCAAGGAUCAGGCGCGAGAAGCCAAGGACAGAACCAAAGAAUACGCACAAGACGCGAAGGAGAAGACGAAGGAUGCAGCGGGGUCACUGAGGGAUAGUGCGGCGAGCGCGAAAGAGAGGGCGAAAGAAUAUGCGUACGAGACGAAAGAGAGUGCAAAGGACGCGGCAGGAACAGUGGCGGAGAAGGGUAAGGAGGGGGUGGAGAGAACGAAGGAGAAGACGGAGGAGGUGGCGGCGUCGACCGGAGAGACUCUGAAGAACGUGGGGGAGAAGGCGAAGCAGGGCGUGCAAGGGGUGUGGAACGCCGCGAAGGACACCACACACAAAAUCAAGGAAACCUUGGUUGGGACGGAUGAUGACGAUGAUAAUGAUGGUCGUGGUCGUGGUGUUCUCAAGGAUGAUGAUUAUGAUGAUGAUGAUGUUGCAGAGUUGAAGAAAAGACAUGGGAAGAGUUAUGGUGAGAAGGGUUAUUAG